AUGGGGUCUCUCUCAAACUCUAACUCUCUCUCUCUCUCUCUCUCUCUCCCUUUCUCUGUUCUCUCUCUCUCUCUCUCUCUCUCUCUCUCUCUCUCUCUCUCUCUCUCAAACCAAUUCAAUCUCUCUCUCCCAAACUCUCUCCCAAACUCUCUCUCAAACUCUCUCUCAAACUCUCUCUCUCAAACUCUCUCGCUCAAACUCUCUCUCUCUCGCUCAAACUCUCUCUCUCUCUCUCUCUCAAACCUCUCUCUCUCUCUCUCUCUCUCUCAAACCUCUCUCUCUCUCUCUCAAACUCUCUCUCUCUCUCUCUCUCUCUCUCUCAAACUCUUGCCGUCUCUUCUCCCUUUCUACUUCGAUCGGAUGACGGGAGCGCGGAGCCAUGGCGAUGGCUGGUGCUCGGGAAAGAAGCCGUUGAGCAGCAAAGCGUUUAUGCAGGCCAAAUCACGAUCCUCAGGCAUCGCAAGCUUCUUCCAGCCGGCGUCCUCAUUCUUCGCCAUCAAGGGUGCCGAGGCUGUCGAGGAGCUUGAGGUCCCCUUUGUCAUUUCUUUGAUGACCUUGAUUCGACUUCCCGCUGCCACGUCCGGCGUUGUGGCCAUGUUUGGCAUGUAUGGCCAACUACGACUCCUGUCUUCGGCACCACACGCUUUAAACAACGAUGCCCCACAUCUGACGGCCGCGCGUGGCUGGUCACGACUGGUUUGUGCAAGCAUGUGCGUUUGCUCGGGCUUUGCCUGGGCCUAUUCUCAUGACGAUCGCGAUGGCCAUCACACGUUUUCGGCUCACAAGUUUAUUGCCCCCAUGCCUUGCGCCGUUUUUUUUGCCGUGCACAACAGUGUAUUCACCCACAAUAGCAGCGCCCGCAACCAACUCUCAUUUGCACCGCAUGUCCAUCUGCUGUUGGCGGGCACCGUGGUCGAAUCCCAAAUCUACUGGCACGCUAACCUUCGAGGCUUGAGCUGCAGCUCAAAGCUGGCGCGACCAAAACACACGGACGUCAUUUCGUCGGCCAUUGCUUUUGAUGUGCGCUUGGACCGUCGGCCAGUGCUUGUGCUGGCUGGCUAUGGGCGACGGCUUCUCGUCUACGAUUUGGCCUACGUCGAUCGCGCCCUUGCCCUGUUCGAUCGCGCCACCGCACAGGCUAAUUUGCGACCCCCGACCAUGCCUGACCCAAGCAUGGUAGCCGUGUCAGAGCCCGUCUAUGCACUCUUGGGGGCCGACCUCUUGGGCGACGGUAUUCAGGAGCUUGUGAUUCACACACACCGAGGCCUUCAAGUCCAGCAGAUACCUAGUCAUGUGGCUCUGUUUGCUUUGCAUGCCAAAGCCUCUUGA